CGUUUGCACUCGUCACGUGACACGACGAGUGUUCAGUGUCUCCGAUUCCACCUACUCUUAUUUCUGCUAGCUGCAUGUCGCGGUUCUAUGUUUGACAUGUUUUGACGUUCUUCAUUUCGGGAGCCAGGUCAGCCAGGUCAUAAUAUUUUACGCAGGAUGAUGUCCGAGAGAGAUUACGCGCCCCUGAGCGCGGCAUGCGUACGAUCCCUCAAUGACAAGUUGUACGAGAAACGGAAGCCAGCUGCCCUGGAGAUAGAGAAAAUGGUGAAGGAAUUCGCUGCUCACAACAAUACCGUACAGAUCAAGAGGUUGCUGAAGGUCCUUGGGCAGGACUUCGCCACCUCGCAGAACCCGCAUACGCGCAAGGGCGGCUUAAUAGGUCUCGCAGCGAUCGCGGUCGGUCUCGGAAAGGACACCGGGCAGUACAUAGAGGACCUGAUCCAUCCGAUCCUGGCGUGCUUCUGCGACGCCGAUCUAAGAGUCAGAUACUACGCCUGCGAGAGCCUGUACAAUGUGGUCAAAGUGGCAAGGGGCGCGGUGCUGCCCCAGUUCACCGACAUCUUCGCCGCGCUCAGCAAACUGGCCUGCGACUCUGAGCAGAAUAUAAAAAACGCCACCGAGCUGCUCGACAGACUGAUGAAGGACAUCGUGACGGAAAGCGGCCUCUUCGAUUUAGUCGGAUUCAUGCCCCUGUUGCGCGAGCGUAUCUACACGAAGAACCCGUUCGGCAGACAGUUCGUGAUAUCGUGGGUGUCCGUGCUGGACGCGGUGCCCAACAUGGACUUCAUAAUAUUUCUGCCCGAGAUACUCGACGGAUUGUUCAGGAUACUGGACGACCCGACGCCGGAGAUCAAGAAAGUCACGGACACGGUUCUCGGUGAAUUUUUACGCAGCAUCAAGGCCAAUCCCGCGAGGGUGGACUUCGCGGCGAUGAUAAACAUACUGAUCACGCACGCCCAGAGUAGCGACGAGCUGCUGCAGCUGACCGCCAUCACGUGGAUCAAGGAGUUCGUAAACCUGUCCGGGCCGCUCAUGCUCCCGUACAUGUCCGGCAUUCUCGUGGCCGUUCUACCGUGCCUGGCCUACGACGGCGACACACGUAAGAGUAUCAAAGAGACGGCGACGCAAGUGAACGCGAAUUUAAUGAAAUUAAUAAUCGUCAAAAGUACAGACGUGACGAAUAAGAAUCAAGAAAAUAAGAUACAUUCUACGAGGGAGAAGAAUGAUACAAUAGAAAAUCAUUUCCUGGCUGAAGACUUGGAUCUCACCAGUGUAGUGGAAGUACUUACGAAACACUUGCUAUACCUGUCGGUUCAAACUAAGGUCGCGGUCUUAAAAUGGAUACACCAUCUGUUCAUAAACAUUCCGCAACAAAUGUUCGAUCAUAUCGAGGACUUGUUUCCGAUAUUAAUGAAAUCCUUAAGUGACGCCUCCGACGAGGUGGUGCAACAGACUUUAGUGGUGAUGGCCGAGAUCAUUAGCUCGAAAACCCCGGAGGCGGUGGCGACCGAUCCCGACGCGAAGAUGCAGAACAAGUAUUUCACAAAGUUCAUCGUCAACUUACUGAGGCUCUUCUCGACCGACAGGCAUCUGCUGGAGGAACGGGGCGCUUUCAUUAUAAGAGAGUUGUGCGUGCUUCUGAGCGCGGAGGAUAUAUACAAGAUACUGGCUAAGAUACUGCUGGAAGAGCAAAACUUGAGCUUCGCCUGCACUAUGAUACAAACUCUGAACGUUAUCCUGUUAACCAGUUCCGAGCUGUUUGAUUUGCGCAACAAACUCAGGCAUUUGGACUCUCCAGACAGUUGCGCGUUAUUUGAGUGCCUGUACGUGUCCUGGUGUCACAAUCCAGUCGCGACGGUGGCCCUGUGUCUGCUGUCUCAACACUACCGGCACGCAUGCAACAUCAUUCAAUCUUUCGAAAACAUAGAGGUCACAGUGGAGUUCCUGACGGAGAUAGACAAAUUGGUACAGUUAAUAGAAUCACCGAUAUUCACUUAUCUGAGGCUGCAGCUGUUGGAAUGGGAGAAGAACGAUGCCUUGAUAUACGCGUUAUACGGCUUGCUCAUGAUCCUGCCGCAGAGCGACGCCUACGCUACUCUGCAACGUCGUCUAGCGGCGAUACCUCCGGCCACGAGGCCGAUACCCAAGAGCGAGCAGCGCACGCAGGAGAAAACAGAUGCCGAUUGCCCGUUUGAUUUCGCCAAGCUGUUGAAACAUUUCCACGCGGUGCAGGAGCACCACAGGGAGCAGAAGCGCAAACAAAGACUGAACUCCUUGAUCGAGAGGAAUGCUAGUCACGUAGACAUAUGAAUCGCGCAUACUUUUUUUUUUCCACGCGCGUAAAUUCGUACGCACGGAUUUUGUAACGCAUACAAGAGAAGGGAGAAGACACGCGCCUGAUUUGCUAAUUUUUUACUGCGUAAUUGUAUAUAAAACUUGUGUUUAGCUUUAUUGUAAUAAAAAUAUAAUUAUUAUUUAUUGAAACGCAAUCGUUGGAUUCGUUAGAAAUAAAAUGGAUUUAGCGAGCAAAA